UUCCAACAUUUCUAAAUUUUCUCGUAACUUCUCACCUGUCAGAAUCUGACCUACCAAACCAAUUUCAACCUUCACUUUUAUAAUUUUAUUUUAUAUUUCAAGAAUUUUACUCCAUUUCUAAGAAAUUUUGUUUCUCAGUCAUUAAUGUAGUAGUAAUUAAUUACUAAUUAGUAUGGAUUACUUCAUCUUAUACUGCUUUUGGAUCUUGGCUACACGUCACCCAUGUCGGAUUGAAGGAACAGCCACCAAGUUUCAUUUUCUUUUUCUUCAAUUUCACUUGUAUUUUCAACCCUUUUUCCUAUAAAGUCUGCAUUUUUAUUCAUUCAUUUUAUUACAAUUUAAUUCAACAAUACAAGUAUGCCUCAUCAAUCUACAAUGGAUUUUUCUCAGCUUCGUGUUGCUUAUCAGGGGGUUCCUGGUGCUUAUAGUCAACUUGCUGCUGAGAAGGCGUAUCCAAAUUGUGAAGCGGUCCCGUGUGAACAAUUUGAGACUGUUUUUGAAGCUGUAGAGAAGAGGCUUGUCGACCGAGCAGUUUUGCCUAUUGAGAACUCUCUAGGAGGUAGCAUUCAUAGGAAUUAUGAUCUUUUGUUGCGGCAUAGGCUUCAUAUAGUCGGUGAAGUAAAUGUUCGUAUUCGACAUUGCCUAUUGGCUAAUCAUGGUGUGAAACUUGAAGACCUAAAACGAGUGUUAAGCCACCCACAGGCUCUUGCUCAAUGUGAGAAUAGAUUAGCCAAGCUUGGAUUAAUUAGAGAAGCUGCUGAUGACACUGCUGGUUCAGCUGAAUAUAUUGCAAACCACCAACUCAAAGAUGUAGGUGCACUUGCAAGUGCCACAGCUGCAAAAAUUUAUGGACUACAUGUACUAGCUGAAGACGUACAGGAUAGUCCUUAUAACAUCACUCGAUUCAUGAUGCUCGCUAGGAAGCCAAUCGUUCCAAUGAGUGGCAGGCCAUUCAAGACAAGCAUUGUUUUUACUCUUAAUGAGGGUCCUGGUGAACUUUUUAAAGCACUUGCUGUUUUAUCUUUGAGGCAAAUCAACCUCACAAAGAUUGAAAGUCGCCCAAAUCGAGAUGUCAAGAACGGAUCGUUGAAGUGCUUCAACUACUUUUUCUAUUUGGAUUUUGAAGCAUCAAUGGCGGAUGAAGCUGCACAGAAUGCCGUUAAAAAUCUAGAGGAGUUUGCUUCAUCAUUGAGGGUUCUGGGUAGUUAUCCAUCAGAUGUUAGCAUGACAUGAUGGAGAUCGCAACUGGUAAUAAUAUAUCUGUCAUGAUGUUUACAAACUUGCCAUAAUUUGGACUACUCGAUUCCUGGUGUUUAUUGAUUAAUCAUUGCAUAUGUUGAAAGUUAUUUCAAUUUAUUUCACUUAUGACUCUUCAAUUUACCUUGUAUACCCGUGUCUGACACGCCCGAGAAUUAGGGAAGUUUGGAAGUUUAGAACCCGAAAAUUGCAAGCCAACGCUUCAAUUGUCUCCAAAAACAUAUUUUACAAGAAGUUGCAAGUAAAUAUGGUAGGAGAGGAUAACAUCAAGUGAUAUGUGCUUAAGAAUGGGCAUGAGGUAGAAAUUUUGACAAGAACUAGUGAAACAUGUAAACCUGAAAUGCCUAUGCAAGUGUUUGGAUGUGACAUUCUAGUAUAAUCAGUCUUCAAAAUCAGGAAUGUAUGUAGUAAAUGUUGUGUUUCAGCAUCCAUGUCUAAUUUUUAGGACUCCGUUCAAAGUUUUUGGCUUUGACAUCUCUAGCGUUUGGGUAUGUACCAAUAUUCGAUUCUCAUACCCGUGUCUGAGUUACAUGGAUCUUCAGAAGACAUGUUGAAAUGAAGCAAACUUAAGAAAGCGAAGUAAUUCCUGGUGUCUUACGAAUCUUGUCUGAAUAACUAGUCAUGUAAGCCGUAAGGUUUUGAUCAUAUCUCAAUUGACCCAACUUUUCUAUCACAAAUAACUUUAUUGGAUAACUUUUAUUUUAUGACUUAUCGGAUGAGUGCAAAAGCUAUUCCCUCCGCCAUACAUACACUUAAGAUUGUCAAUGUGUACUUAAACAAUCUCUAGGAACGAUUUUGAAAUCUUAAAAUCCUGUCAAUGAAAGCUCUACCAAAAAGCUGACCUCACUAUGGAUAUUGGCGCACAACCUAGGGGCAAAGGAAGAGGUAGAGAGGUGGUGCACAUGGCUGGUUGGCACCCAACCUAGACUUGGAGGUAGUACAAAGUUUGAGGAUGAUGAUGGUUCAGUUGCUUUGGUCUACCUAGCCCCUCGCACACUUGAUCAAUAGGAAUAUUUCUUAAAAAGACUAGUUUCUUCAUGUCUUGUUGGUUAUAUGUUUUCAAUUUAUCAUUUUCUAGAAGAGUUUAGCUCUUGAUGCUUGCACAUAUAAAAGCUGUUUGUGUAACAAAAUUUUAGAAGCUUACCAAAACGUCAAUAAACUUUCAAGGCAAAGUUCUAUACUUGCACGGGCCUAUUACGACUACUCACCUUGAUGACUUGCUUAUAGGCUGAAGCUUUUUAUUGGCGACAAAUAAUCACAAACUCCAAUGGAUAAAAGAUGGUGUGGAAGUCAUACUCACUUCGGCACACACCCUCUUUAACUUGCUCAAUGCUCUUACCUUUGUAGUUGGCAAUAACUAUUUGGGCUUCACUCACCUAUGGAACAAUUGAUUUUCUCUUGAAACAUUGGUUUCACUAGAGGUUUUCAAAUAAACCUGAUGACUUGAUAUUUACCCGAUCUUGUAACCGAAUCUGACUUGACUCGACUUCAAAAUGAUUUAAAUUCAUAUGAAAAUCAAUGUCGAGACAAGACCUAAUUUCGAACCGACACGAAACACUUGAUUCGUAAUUGACUUGAUAAUCCGAAUGAAUACCUCUAGCUUUCACUCACCAAUGAACAAAGAAAGGCUUUUGAGCUAAUGUUCUUCUUAAUUGCUUCUCAAAAAUUUGAUUUAGCUACAACCUAUGUGGUACAUGUAGCUUUAGCAAUAUAUAUUCCCACCCACAAUUGAAGACUCGAAGAAAAGAUAAAAUCCUAAUUUAUGUAGAAAAUUAGAUACUAGUGUACAUUGGAUUAAAUAACAACUCCACGCAAAUUAAAGUACUAAACUAAAUCAAAUUUUUGUGUAACAAGGCUCUUGCAAACUGCUUGCCAAGUCCUACUCUCUGGGACUCCUUGCAGGCUGCCUAGAACAUGCGCCAUUCGCCAAAGCCGCUGGUUAGCCUGGACGAUCCUUCUGGGCUGCAGCCCAAUGCUGCUAAGGAUGGGUUUGUUGGUUUGGCGCUAGGUUGCAGACGAUGGUGCUACUGCUGGGCUAUGAGCACGUGGUGCUGUCUGUCAGGCCAUAUGACGUGCUGUCUGCAAACUUGUUGGGUCCUGUCGGCACAUUGCUCAUGCUGUCGGAUGUACUAUCAAAUGAUUCUACCAAGCCCAAAUAAUUAAUACAAUUACACUCGACUCCAUAUUUGUCCCAUCUAUAUUUAGACGUAACAUCAACCAAGUCCAUAAAUAUGAAGACUGAAAAUGUUUUUGAUUGCUUAGAUCAUGUAAGGUGAAAUAGGUGUUUUUUGUAUCUUACAAAUUUAUUUUCAAGAUUGAAAUAUUCUUCCUUUGAGCCUUAUAAAUUCAUAAUUAUGUAUUAAAUCUAGCAUUUCCUUUUAUUUUUAUUUUUUUUUUUAAUAUUUUGCUAAAUAUUUUGUGUUUGUUUCCAAAAAUUUUAAUUUAUUACUAAAUAUGUUUUUCUUGUUCCGUUGUUUAGUGCUUCUUGUCUUAUUGUGUUGCUAGGUUGAAAUUGGAAGCUUUGGCCUGCUAACAUGCUAUGCUUCGGUGCAAUCGACGCUAUUUUCGCAUUUUCUCUUCUUUAGUGUCAAUAUUAUUUUGUAAGCCUUGUUUGGAUGAAGAUGAUUUUAGAAAAAAAAAAAAAAAAAGAGAUAUUAUUAUUAUUUAUUUUUUUUUUGAGUAGGUUACAUUUUUUUUUUCAUUGCUUGUAUUCCAAUGAAAGAUAUUACAAAGUGAAGUAGUCCAUAGUUUUCCUACUUGCUGCUGAAUCUUCGCCAUUUAUCAAGACAAAUUAUUACACUAUAUUUGAAUAAUAAAUUAAAAGAGAAAAAAAAGAAGGAAAAGAAAAGGACGGAAGGGGAGGGAUAAAAAGGAGAAAGCAUCUUAUUUGUUUAGAAAUAUAGAGAAGGAAAAAUAAAGGAAAUUAAGUGUUUUUCCUUUAAAUCUUUCUAUUUUAGUAGAGAUUUUAUCAUUAACAAAAAUUGUCUAUAUUUUC